AUGUCGUGGCAGAUGAUCAACCACCGAGGUCCCGAGUACAAGGACCUGCUGUAUCGAACUACCGAGGGCGUGAAGCAGGUAUUCGAGACUAAGAACGACCUGUACAUCCUGACCUCAUCGGGAACGGGCGCGAUGGAGGCGGCGAUAGUGAAUACGCUGUCUCCUGGGGACAAGGUUGUGAAUGUGUGCGUGGGCGUGUUCGGCGAGCGGUUCGGAGAUAUUGCGGAGGUGUUCGGGGCGGAGGUCAUCAGCCUGGACUUUCCGUACGGCAGCGCGGCAGACCCGGACAAGAUCAGGGAGACGCUGAACGAGAACCCGGAUGCGAUUGCCGCGGUGGUGAAGGGGGAGUUCGACAAGCUGCUGUUGGUUGACGGGAUCAGCAGCGUGUGCUCGAUACCGAUCAGCACGGAUGCGUGGGGCUGCGAUGUGGUUGCUACGGCGUCGCAGAAGGGGUGGAUGCUGCCGCCGGGCCUGGCGUUCCUCAGUUUCAGCGAGCGGGCUUGGGAGGCGCAUUCUGAGGCUAAGAUGCCCCGAUACUACUUCGAUAUGGCGAUGUACAAGCGCUACUACGAGAUAGGGCAGCCGCCAUAUACGCCUGCGAUAUCGGUGAUGUUCGCGCUGGAUGUGGCGCUGAAGCGCAUCCUCGACGAAGGAAUGGGCAACAUUUACGAGCGGCAUGCGACGAUUGCGCAGAUGACGCGCGACGGAGUGAAGAAGCUAGGUCUGACGCUGUUCCCUGAGGAGAGCGUGGCAUCGGACACGGUUACGGCGGUGAAUAUACCGCAGGGCGUGGAUGGGGGGAAGCUGGUGGGGACGCUGCGCGAUGAGCACGGUGUUAUACUCACGGGCGGUCAAGGUUCGCUGGCGGGGAAGAUAUUCCGUAUCGGGCACCUGGGCUAUACGACCGAGCGGGAGAUCCACGAAGUUCUGGACGCUAUCAAGGUGACGCUGAACUGA